UCCCGCGGACCUGUCCCCCACCCUAGCAUGGGAUGGGCGAGCCCUGCGAGCGCGGUGCCUGCUCGCCAGCCGCUGGCGUAAAGGAAGGAGCGGACCGGGAGUCGUGGGACACGCCGCUGGGCUUCCUGGAGAGCGCUCAGAUGGACAACGGGAGCAACGUGUCUUUCCUGCAGUUCUUGAAGUCCAUCAACCUGGAGCGAGCCGACGGGAUGCAGGGGGACAGUUCUGACGUGGUGCGGAUUGUCAUCUCGCUGGUGUACUCCGUGGUGUGUGCCCUGGGACUGGUGGGCAACCUGCUGGUGCUCUACCUGAUGAAAAGCAAGCAAGGCUGGAGGAAAUCCUCCAUCAAUCUCUUUGUCACCAGCCUGGCAGUGACUGACUUCCAGUUUGUGCUGACCUUGCCAUUCUGGGCGGUGGAGAACGCACUGGACUUCAACUGGCUCUUUGGCAAGGCGAUGUGUAAGAUCGUCUCCUAUGUGACAGCAAUGAACAUGUAUGCCAGUGUGUUCUUUCUCACUGCCAUGAGUGUGGCUCGAUACCGCUCUGUGGCUUCAGCCUUGAAGAAUCAGCGUCGAGGAGACCCACUGGGUGGCUGCUGCUCUGCCAAGUGGCUUUGUGCACUCAUCUGGCUGUCAGCUGUCCUGGCUUCCCUGCCCCAUGCCAUUUUUUCCACCACUGCCACUGUCUUUGAUGAUGUUCUCUGUCUUGUCAAGUUCCCAGAGGGCAGAGGCAACAAUGCCCAAUUCUGGCUGGGGAUGUACCACAUCCAGAAGGUGCUGCUGGGCUUCCUGGUGCCGCUGGUCGUCAUUAGUCUCUGCUACUUGCUCCUGGUGCGCUUCAUCAGUGACAAGCACGUGGGCAGCACCUGCAGCGGCCCCAGCAUCAAGCGCCGCUCCAAAGUGACUAGGUCAGUGUCCAUCGUUGUGCUGUCUUUCUUCUUGUGCUGGCUGCCUAACCAAGCACUUACAACCUGGGGGAUACUCAUCAAACUCAACGUGGUGCACUUCAGUAACGAGUACUUUCUCUCCCAAGUGUACCUCUUCCCCAUCAGCGUGUGCCUGGCACACUCCAACAGCUGCCUCAAUCCCAUCCUCUACUGCCUCAUGCGCAGGGAGUUCCGCAAGGCACUGAAGAGCCUCCUCUGGAGGAUCACCUCACCUUCCCUCACCACCAUGCGUCCUUUCACUGACACCACCAAGCCUGAGAAGGAGGAGCAGGCCCUGCAUGCCGUGAUGCCGGUCCAGCCUGCCCCUGCUGCUCCCCGUGCUGCAGCCGUCCAGGCAGAGGUGGCCUAUUACCCUCCUGGGGUGGUGAUGUACAGCAGCCGCUACGACCUGCUGCCUGCCAGCUCCAUGGAGCAGCACUGCUGAGAUGGCAGGGGGCUCUGGGGGGUGGCACAGUGAUGUGUCACAGAUGUGGCCUGGGGAUAUUGAAUGCCUGGUCAGGACAAGGGGAGGAGGGAUGAGUAAAGGAGGACUUCUGUGUGAGAGAUGCCCUUUUGUGGUUUUGUCUGCCCUCAGAGACACUUGAUGGAUGUUGUUGUCUGGAAGAUGCACCCUGAGCUGGAGAACAGGACUAGGAGGUAGUGGUGGGAUGUCUCUAUGAGAUGCUUUUUAGUGCUUCUACCUGUGCUAGGGAACAAGGACUAAUGAGGGUGAUGGGACUCCAGCCAGGGAGGAUGCAGGAUGUGCAAAGCAGCACAGGGAAGUGAGAGGCUAGUUGGGGUGGACUGAGGCUGGAAGGCCUUUACCAUGUCCCCUUAAGCUGAGUUGCAAGCAGCCCUCCCACCUUGUGUGUUUGUCUGUGGCAGGGAGAGAGAGCUGAGCUGCUUUCUCCCUGCUGCAGGACCCUGUAAAUGGUGCAGGCCUGAGUGGGCGCUGCUUCCUGGGCUCCACUGAGGGCUCAGGGAUCAGACAGUCUCUCCUCUAUUUCAAUCCUGCCCUGAGGGGAACAGCCAGGACAAGUGGGUACAAAGCUCCUGCUUGUUCAGGCUUGUCACCUUUCCCCUCUUUUAGGGACUUGGGAAAGAGUGGGGACAAGGAACACUGUGCUCCCCUCCCGAUCAGUGCAGGAUCUGCUUUUCUAGCUACCCCCCAUCGCUCCAACUACUGCCAGGGUAUAAAGCAACCCAGACAGCCAAGGAGAAACCCAAGGAUGGAAUUUGCAGCUUCAUGGGGUGUUCCUUUGCCUGGGUUUGGAGGGAGGGUGUGAGCCCCCUAAUACUGUUCUCUCCAGGCUACUGAGGGGAAAGGAAACCUCACAGCCCCAGACCAUGUGUAGCAAGACACCCUCUCUCCCAGGGCACUGAGGUUGCAGGCUUAAUUUUUGCUGCACUUCAGACUGUUCAUAUUUCACUUCAGGAAAUCAGCACAACUGUAAAUAAAAAAAAUUUAAAAAGGGGGAAAAAGAACACUCCUAGCCACUUCAAAUCACUUGCUCUGGGAUACUUAUGAGUUCACUUAAAACCAAGCACAAAGGCUUUAGUUCUGCUGAGGGUUUGCACUGGCUCUUGCCAGUUUUUCCAGUUAAGUUUAGUUCAGGUCCUCUAGUCUGAGCAGCCCUAGGGCCUGCAGUGCUUAUGUAGCCUAGAGAAUGUCAGGGAUUGGCCUUUACCAGCCUCUGUUCCACAGAAAUGCCUGGGAAAAAAUUUGAGGCUUAUCUGAAUCGAACUUUUGGUGGGAUGAAAAAAGUGUAUUUUUAAGCUGUGAAAGUUUUUUAUGAUGAGGCUAUAUAUCUACUUAUUAAAAUAUUUUGGUUUUAUCAUGAGGAAAAAAAUUUUAAAUCAAAAGAUCAAAGUAUUUGUUUUUAAAUGAUGGAAAAGUGCAACAUUUCUGGUUUUGAUUUCAGAGCACAAGUUCAUUAAUCCCUAGUACUGCAUAUAAGAUGAUUAUUUAAAUACAAUUUUCAAAACUGUUUUCUAUUUCCAACCCCUUUCCUUGCAGUCUAACUUCAGCAUCUGCCUGAUUCUGCUAUAAAGGCAUUUAUGCAGAGGGUUGUUUGUCACCUCUAAGUACUGACAUGGAGCAAACUUGCUAUUUCUGUCCAGAGGAAACUGCUACACCAUAGUGGCAAUUACACUUUUCAGAGUCUGCUAGGUUUACUGUACGUGUUGGUAACUCCUGUUGUAAAAUUUGUUUGGUCUGAAAGCAGCUGGUUCUGCUACUUGCAAGGAGAAGUUAUGGGUUUGUUUUUUUCAAGGCAGAAAAGACUUCUCCAGCCUUGGGAUUUGCUAAUGGGGAAGAUACUGAUUUACAAGUUGUCUGAAGAAGAGCAGCAAAAGUGAGCUGGCAGCUGAUGGGCAUCCUUACACAGAUGCAAAGAUUCCGAAGAAAUCAGACAUAUUCACAGAAGAACUUGAGCAUCUAAGUACUGUACAACUGCCUCUCUAAUCUCGUAAAUCCUGACUUGGUUGACCAGUGAAGUCUGUAGGUACUUAAGUUUUUUCUAGUAAAAUUUUUGUGCCUAGAAAUCCAUUCUUGAGCAUGCCUAAAUCUGCUUAAUUCUGUAGCACUUAUUUCUGUGCUUAAUGGGGAUAUUUCUGUUGGGACUGGCCACAGUGUGUAUCCUGUGAGGGAGGCAACUCUCAUCCCAUCACAGAAGACCCUGUGCCAGGCCACACGAAGUCAGAAGCGGCUGUGAACUCAACUCAUUCCCCCCAUCCCUUUGAAUAUGUGCCUGGAUGUGCUGCUUCUUUUCCAGCUUCAAUGUAUGUGCAGAUUAUGCUCUUUCCCCCUCCCUUGUGAAAUGCUAAAUUAGUGGUCACAGCUAUCCCCCACAGCCUGAGAGAUUCAGUUCCCCUCUUCCACAUCCCAGGGGAAUGGCUAAAUCUCUGGGCCACUUUGUGAAUGUGCUCGUAUUCUCUGGCUUGAAACAGUUCCCUGUUGCCUGAGUUGCUCACUGUUGCUGGAUCUUAAUGGCAAUGAAAGCCCUUGAACUCUGCUUAGCAGCACAGUGGUUAGGGUGUAAUCUCCAAAGAGGAAUUGUGGAGAGAUUUUCUUUCAGCAAAUACAGAAUAGAAAUUGGAUCCAGAUCUGGGUUCUAGAUCUCUCUUUCCGAAGGACAGUGGUCAACUUCCUCUCAGGUCCUGUUUCAAUUAAAGUUCCAGUAUGCUAUCCAGAAACCUGAGGUCUUUCUAGACUUGCUGGUAAAGCAGCUUAAUGUGCUAAAGGAUUUGCAAAAAACUGCAUUUCUGAUCUGGGAGAAAGCCCUAAUGUCUGUUUUGCAGGUGAAGAAAGUUGCACGGUUGUAUGAGAAAAGGAUAUCAUGAGCUCUUAAGUCCAGAGUUCAGAGAGAGAGAGAUAAUCAUGUUUCUGUAGGCCAGGAGAAAGUAUCUAAACUAAAGACAUGGGACGAAUCUCACAGCCAGAUGCUCUUUUUACUGUUUGCUUUUGAACAGCGUAAUUUCUUGCUUAACUUGCUGGAAAAUUUUUCCCUAUCUGAUGUUUAACUGUUCUUGUGCAUUAAAUAAACAGCUUUCCAAGCGUCUGAAGUGUAACUAUGAAUUUCAGUAGAUAGCAAGCUGCCUGAAAGGCAGCCUCUGUGGUGCUCAUGGCAAAACCCCUGUGCUUUUGUGGAUGUCAGUGUAGACAUAAUUUUGUGCCAGGAAAACAACACAGUACAUAAAACAGGUGGUGUUCAGAACAACACAUAGUUAGCCCAGAGUGCCAAUGUGCCAUUGUCAGAGGAAACCCCAGGCGUCUGACCACUGGAGACAUAAAAACCUCCCAUUUGGCAAAUCACCCAAACAUGAAAACACCUUGAGAGUGUGUAGGGACUGGACAAUGAAAUUAUUGGGCAGCUCUCUCACAAGCCACUGAUCCACCCAGUGUAAGUCCUGGAUCUGCUGUUUCAAAGAGGCACAACGCACCCACACUUGGCCAAGUGUUGAUUUAGGCCAGACCAGCAGCCCAGGCUGUGCAGGUCAGUGCAUGUCCAGCCCAGCCAAAGAGCAUUGUGCUAGCAACUCACGAGCAGAGAGAAAUUCUGCUUCACCUCAGCCGUGAGUCCCAGCUAACAGCAUGAAAUCUGUGCUGUGUGCUGCAUGGGCAGGGGCACCAGCCUAGGUCUCGGCAGAAGAUGCAGUUGCUCUGUUUGCAUACGGUGUGUGGCCUCAGCAGAGGAUGAUUCCAGCUCCACAACAACAAAUCCUACUGAGUAUCCUGGGGUUUCAUAAGUAAUGACUACAACACCCUUCAAAAACUCUGUUUCCUACAAGUAUUCAUGUCUUCGUUUGUAACAAUCAUAUUUUCAUGUACUAAAAUAAACAUUGCUGAAGGAUA